AUGUCUCUUGACCCUUCUGCGAGCCUGCAGAUAUUCUCCCCAACAGGCUCCGGGCGCUCUUCACCUUCACCCCGUGCGACGCGUCAUAACACCGAGGAGGGUAUGUCUCUUCGGAAGGACAAAGGGUUCCGCCGCUAUGAAACUGCGGUCGAACGUUCGCUUGCCUUGUGGGACGCCGCGCAGCAGGAAUGGGCUGACUACAUAUCUUUCCUCCAACGGUUGCUGAAGACGUCGGGCCAGCCAACCGAAGUGCCAGCUAUUCCACAUAGCGAGCUCGUUGCUCUCAGGUUAGCGCAAUGCCUGAACCCAACACUGCCCUCGGGCGUCCAUCAGAAGGCCCUUGAUGUCUACGGAUACAUAUUCUCGCGGAUAGGACUCCACGCGCUGGCUCGCGAUCUCCAACUCUACCUUCCAGGCCUGGCGCCCGUCCUGUCAUUCGCCUCCCUCUCCGUUCGCCCCUUGUUUCUAUCUCUUUUGGAGGACUAUAUACUGAGACUAGACGGGACUGCUCUGCGUCCCGCUCUGAAAGCCUUAAUUCUUUCCCUUCUUCCUGGACUUGAGGAUGAGACAAGCGAGGACUUCGACCGCAUUAUCGCUGCCCUCGACAAGCUUCGCAAUGUGAUGUGCAACCCUUCAGACGAUGAUGUGGGACUGAACAGCGAAGCCGGCUCAUCGCACUUUUGGCAGUGCUUCUUCCUCGCAACCAUUACGAAUACUUCAAGGCGGCAAGGCGCGUUGGCCUACCUGGUCCGACGUCUGCCCAAAUUUUCCGCAUCCAGUGGCCGUGAGUUCUCGUCAUUAGAGUUGCCAAAGCCGUCCGACGCACCGUCAAUCGAAUCUGAAGCAGCAAUCACGCCCGAACCAGGUCUUCUUAUUCGCUGCUUUGAAGCGGGGUUAACUGACGCCCAUGCCCUCAUUCAAAGAGGCUUUCUGGAUAUGCUCGUCACUCACCUCCCGUUGGAUGCGCCCGUUUUGCAACAACGAAUAGAACAUAGGGAUCUACAGCGCUUGGUUGGAGCUGCUGUCAGCGUGGUAUCGCGAAGAGAUAUGAGCUUGAAUCGGAGGCUAUGGGCAUGGCUACUGGGACCAGAGCCAGCAAUGGGAGCAGAAGCGCCAAAUACAGCUAUGUCUCCCACAGACGAAAAACGUGUUGCCACGGACAUGUCUUCGUAUCACGCGGCGUACUUCUCCCAGCAUGGCCUCCGUGCCUUGACUCGAAAUAUCAUGGAAAUGAUUCACAAGCCCACUCUUCUUCCUUCCGAUCGCGCGCGGCCCUUUCGUAUCUGUCUAUCUCUCAUGGACCGCGCGGAGAUUGGCGGAUUUGUUGUACCCGAGAUCUUUCUUCCUGCACUGCAGAGUAUCCAAUCAUACAGCGAAGUUGCCGCGAAGGAACAAGUGGACGAGGUCUUGCGCAGUGCUAGCGUCUUCUUUGACGGCGUCGAGAGUGGCUUGAUAUGGGGAAAGCUGGUCUAUCUGGUCUUGUCCGCCCUUGACAUCGGUUCAACGGAUGCGCACGAGUCUAUACGGCGUCUGAAGUUAGCCAGAUUUAUCCUUGCUCGCUUCAAUGUGAGGGAGGAAGAAAUGCUCGUCCACCACAUGCCCCUCAUGGUACUUUCGGCACUAUCUACACUCAAUCUUCUUUACGACAGCUCCACACCCGGCGAGCCGUUUCCAGCAGAUCUCAUUGAUCUAGCAUUUCAGAUCGUGGAUUUUCUUGUUCAGGAGUUGCCGGACAGGGCUUUUCUCGCUGAUGUCAAAACGGGUGACCCCGUGACUCGUGCUUUUCUUGCAAGAGAAAGGAUUCUGGAGAAAAUCAAGGAGUUUUACGAGGAUAAACAAGGCAACCUGGAGUUCUACCCGGCGCGCUUCACAGCCGCGGAGAUAGGACAGUCUAUCACGCAUGAGGCAUCGGUCAUCUUCUUCAAAUCUCUCAACGCCGGCACGGUUCCAACCCUGUCUGAAAUCCCUUCCAGGAUCUUAGCGAGCCUUAUCCUAAAAGCCCGGCGACUGGACGUCUUUGAUGAGUCAGAGCUUGUGAGUAGAUUCCAAGGCGUCCUCUCAAACGCUGGUCAACGGGAUAACUCAGCACCUUUUCAACACCUUAUGUCCAUGACGACGGUACUUGCCUCACUACAGACGGCACGACCAUCUCAUCCGUUCUUCGAGCCAAGUCGCCUUCCAACCAUUCUGAACCCACUCAUAUCGGCCCUUUGGCGCCACCUUGACCCUGUGAUGCCAAAGUUCCAUGUCGAGGCUGCCAGAUGCAUUUUACAGUUACAUGCUAUUUCGGCAUCUCAUCGGAUCGUGGAAGGCGCGAUUGCCUUUAUAGUAUCCCAAGAAGCCAGUGGCUCCGAGUGUGAUGCGGGCUUGGACGCCUUCUAUUGUGGCCAACGUUUCUCUCUCCUUUGGACACACGUCAUGUACGAAUUGAGCCUACAGACAGAAAAGCGUGGAAGCAUAUCUAGGAGGGCAAGUGGAAUUGCGAAUCCCUUGUCCUCGUUUACAGAAGACUUCCCAUCUAUGCUAUCUCGUCCUUUACUCCUCCUUCUGGAUUCACUAGCGAAGGAAGGAACCGAACUCAGCUCCUUCAUGAGGACAUGGCUACAGACCGUACCGUCCCUGAACAAAGUAUUUGAGAUUCUCAUCACUCAUCUGCAAAGUCUAUCAUGUUUACGCGACAACAAGAGCUUAGCUCCUGCGAGAGUCCCUCAGGAACAGCCAUCCCGGCGAGACAGGAAUGAUACAGAGGAGUGUUUAUACUACUUAACGCAUAUUUUGAACAUCAUAAAGGAGCCAUCGCCUCUUAUCUGGGCUGUGUUGGCCGAAGAGCCAGUUUCCCAACAGUCGGACACGCCUGAUCAAAGGACUUCCAUGCAAGGAUGGAUUGUCCGAGCGUGUUUGACUGCUCUUACCCUCGGGCGUGGCCAGGACGAUGCCAGACAAAUUUACGAAGACCUCUCGCAAACAUCGGUGCGCAUCAUCCAGCGAAUCUAUCGAGGCCCAUACGCAGCAUCACUGCGAGACAUGGAGCUAGAGGUGCGCUUAAUGGACAGAAUUCGACUCUCCUCCCCGGUGUUACAAAGUCUUUUGCUCGAUGCAAUACUUCUAGCUCUUAAAAUCCGCAUAGAGGUUCCUGAAACCGAACGGAGUAAGCAGGAGCAGAAGCCAGGCCAGCACCAAGGUCAUCGUUCAAGGAUGUCCCUGAGCGUGGAAAGAAUUUCCAUCGAGGAAGAUGCUGAAUCCAUACCACCGCCACCUCAGCUCGUGGAUUGCCUUAAGUAUGGCUUUUCAUCUCCGCAGAGUCGCCAAGUGUUGGGUGAUUGGGUCCACUUCCUUGCGCAAGUUCUACCUCUUUUCUCUGAUGCUAUAUUUCAGAACUUGCUGCCGCUGGUAGAAUGCUUUUGUAAACAAAUCAACACGACCUUCGAGGAGCUGAAGGGGGUCUUUGGCGCCUCUAAUCCUGGUUCGGGGGUCUCGCCGGAGUCAACACUUAUACACCUUAUCAAUGGUCUCGAGCAGCUCCUAGCUGCAGCCCAUCAACGUCUGCGGAUCCAGGAGACGAAGACGACGGCCAACAAGUCGCCUGAACACCCUCAAGGUUUCUUCGGCACCAUGGUCUCUGGAGUAUUUUCUUCUGAGACAAUUCAGACACGGGUACCUACAGCCAAUAGCAGGCUUACAGUACUGCUCUGUUUUCAAGACACCGUCCGAAUUUGUUUUACAAUCUGGUCCUGGGGAGGAUAUGGUUCGAAUGGAUGGCGGCCCGACGGAUCCUCGAUAGCUUCAUUUGCGUACACGUCAUUGAGGAUGCGUAAUCGGGCUCGACGUAUCUUGGAACAUCUCUUCGCUGCGGAAGCUCUAGAAUGCUUGGAGACUCUGAUCGCCCUGUGGACCAGCCUCUCACGAGAUGACUCGAGAGCGGCUGCGGUUACGGGCUUGCUGAAUGUUCUCAAUGGUUCAAAGCCAAAGCACACCAUCCCAGCCAUCUUCAACGCCGUAUACAGUCGCACGAACCCGAAUGCCCUAGACCCCAAUCGCACAUCCACGCUUACUUCGGAGCUAGCUGACACUGAUCUGGUUGCCUUCCUUGUUGACUAUACGAAAUCGUUGGAAGACGAUGCUAUGGACGAGAUAUGGUCCGAUUGUACGGUUUUCCUGCGGGAUGUUCUGGCCAAUCCUCUACCGCACCGGCAAAUAUUGCCACCUCUCCUGGAGUUCACAGCUGUCAUCGGCCGGAAAGUGGACAAUACAAAUUUCGGAGAGCAGCGGAAGAUGAGGAAAGAGCUAGCAGAUAUCUUCGUGAGGAUUCUGACGGCCGUCUUCACAACCCGUUCAAUGGGUUUUCUGCAGGACGCGUCUCAGAUUGCUGUCUCUCAAAAGACCUCGACUUCAACAAAUGGUGGAAGCGGGCACAAACGAGCGGCUGACGUCGUUUCAAUUCUCAAUACUAUCAUCCCAUAUUUGCCUGUCAUCCUCGUCGAUAACGAUCGUGUCAGUGCGGUUGUUACGAACAUAUCACAAAGCGUCAUCGGGCCAACGCUACGAGCGAAAGGAUUUCCAGAGAAUGUACCCAAGUCCGUAUUGGACCUGAUUCACCAUCUCGCCCGUGUCUCUCAAAGCAACAAAUUCUGGAGGAAAGAGGUGACGGAUGCGUUCAAUGACCCCCGGUUCUUCAACACACCUUUGCCGUUGCUGAAGUCGUCCUGGCUUCCUAUACUGGAGCAGUGGAGCCAGGCGGAUAAGGAGCGUUUGCCAGAGCUACUAUCCCGAAUCACAGCUCCGACCACAGCAGGAAUUAUGUUCGGUGUUGGCGCGGCCUCGGCGCGCCAAGAAGCCGACAGGAAGACACAGUUGACUCUACGGCGUAUUGCAUUACUUGUCCUCGCGGCGCAGGAAGAUUCGUUUACAGCGAACCUCCCGCAGAUGGCUGACAAGCUCGUGGAGCUCCUAUCGGCCACUCCGGCUUCGUCACCCUCCUCCAUAACAAGGGCUGAGGUGCUCAUCCUCCUACGAGCCAUCGUCCUUAAGACCUCAUCUGUUCAUCUCGCUCCUCUCUGGCCAAUAAUCAACGCCGAAUUGACAUCCGGUCUAACGUCGCUGCUACCGGACGCCAAGCAUGCAGAGUCUUACAACAAUGCGGGUAUCAUACAGAUAUGCAAGUUGCUGGAUCAGCUUGUUGUACUUGAUCCGGACGAGUUUCAACUCAUCGAGUGGCACUUCUUGUGCGAUACUAUCGAUGCGGUCUACAGGCCCGCAUCGGUUAACUAUAUGCCUUUUCUCGCGGACGAAGUCUCUGAGGUCUUAUCUUCCACUUCAACGCAUACCUCGCAUCGGGCGCAUACUCACACCCACUCUCGCUCGGCGGGCUCACUGUCUCAAAUACAGAAUCCGCAGACUAGCCAGUCUGCAACCGAGCUUAAGCGACGUUUGUUCCUGGAUCCCUUGAUAAACAGUCUGGAAAAGGAAGAAGGCGCUGAGAUCACCCAAAUGGCGAGGCAGGAGUUAUUAGAUAGGGUUGUCAGGCAUUUCCUGAGCAGCCUGGCUAUUGGGAACUUCGAAGCAACGUAUGGUGGCGGGCAGCCGGACUACGAGGGUGUAUGGGAAAGUAUAGUGGCGGACGCCAGGGGCGUCGAGUAACUAUUUGAUGAGACCCAGGUGCAUAAGUAGAGAUGUCUCAACCAUUCCAAACCAAGAAUACCAAAUC